AUGACAGAGAUAACAAAAAGGCACGUUUGCUGCGGCUUCAUCCGUUCCCCAAGUGGAUGGCCUGAUUCCCCCUCUGGUGGUACUGGUGCCGCCCCGACCUCAUCUUUACGACCCUUUCGACCACCCCGUACCGAACUACUGCCUGCUCCACAGCCUUCCGCGAAUGGUGCUCAACACUCGGAACCGCCUGAUGAAGACUUAGACCCAGAGGCAGAUGAGGUAGAUUCUUUUGAGCAACACGUUGACAACCUAUUUGCUGCAUCAGAGGCUCUGAAGUGCAAGAGACGCAAGACCACCAAAUUUUGGGAUGUUAAAACAAUUGAGUCUGAUGGGACAAUCAAGCAACUUCAUUUAAGUGUGAGAGAGGCUAUGAAGCCACCUAACGGUAGAAAUAUUGUACUGAGGUUCAACGAUAGACUGCAACCAGUUGGAAAUGAAGCUGGUAUACUAAGCGGCAUUGUCAGAAUGCUAGGAUUUGACUACACCAAAUUCCCAAUCUGCGAGAAGGACUGGAGAAAGGAAUUAUUCCAUUUUGAAGAAGAUAGUGGAGGAAUUAUCAAGCGUACAAUAUUAAAAAUGCUAGGAAGGGCUUGGAAGGACACGAGGAACCAUUUGUAUCAUUAUUUUUACAAAGAAGAUCUGACCCUUGAACAAAAUAUUAAAGGCCGUCCACCGGGAAUUACUGCGGAUCAUUGGAGAUGGUUCCUUGAUUAUCGCAACAGUAAAGAAACAAAGGAGAAGUGUAGGAAAAAUGUUGAGAAUCAAUCGAAGCAGUUAUACACUCAUACUGGCGGAUCGAAAAGCUUGGCAAGGCUCGAAGAAGAAGAGUCGGAACAACAAGGGAGGAGAGUUAGUAGAGGAGAGUUGUAUCUCUUAACGCACAAAAGAACUAAUGGCUCCUAUAUUCAUGAUGCAGCUCGGGCUAUUGGAGAAAGAAUUGAGGCUAUUGAGCAACGUGAUGAAUCCUUUAGACCGUUGUCUCAGAAUGAUUCGCUUGCUCAAGCUCUCGGAAAGGAGCACCCAGGUAGGGUGCAUGGCAUGGGGUUGGGGCCGACUUCUAGUCAAGUCUUCGGUAUGAAUUCCCAUCAGCCAAGUAAUGGUUUUGAAAGGGAGGAGACCCAAAGGGUGCUGCUUGAACUACAAGCAGAGUUGGCAGCAGAGAAAUUGAAAAGGAAGGCAGUGAAGGAUGAAGUAGCAGCCGAGAAGACAAAAAGACAGGCAGUGGAGGAUGAAGUAGCAGCUGGGAAGGUCAGGAUGCAGGCAAUGGAGAGUGCUUUGAUAUGUCUACUUCAAGGGUAAGGUAGGAAGCUGCCAUCAGACGUCGCCACAUGGAUGAGUACGUUGGAGGGACAAAAUAGAAAGUAGA